AUGGACAAGUUAGUCGACCCACCUGUGGUCGAGUCAACUCCAACUGUCACAAAACAAGUCAUACCUGACUAUGUGUUGGAUCAAUGGCGAAAGGACUUUGUCAAUCUAGAGGUUCAGACACCACCUCAACAACCAACAACAACUACUACACAUGAUGACUUUAGUGUUAGUCAACAACCAGUUCAGCAGGUUGAUCAACCUGUAGUUCAGCAUCAGCAACCAUCACCAGCAAAGAAACAUGUUGAUAUAAUGGAUGACAUGUUCCAAGGUGAUGCAAAGGAUAAUGAUAAGAGGAAGCAGAAGGAUCUGAUGGAUGACAUCUUUGGACCACCUCCAACUACACCAGCCAACACAACUACUGCUGCUGUGAGUCAACUAGCCUCACCGCUUGGCGACAUAGUCGAUAACAACUCUGGCAUCGCGACAUCAGUACCAGUUGCAUCAACAACAGAUUCAGCUUCAGUGCCACCAGAGCCACCAAAGAAGAAGACAGUGAUCGAUAUGGACUUGGGUGUUUAUGGACUGCCUGUCAAUACAACAGUGCGUGGUGUGUUCUGGAAGGUUGCACUGGGUGCCCUAUCCAAUGAAUCCAAGAGUGAGUGGCGUGAGCAGACCAGAAAGCAACGAACCAAAUACGACACAUUGAAGCGUGUCUACAUCAUCGAUCCUAGAACGAAAAAGGUGGCCAAUGCUGUAGUAGAUGAUCCACUAUCACUUAAUAAGGAUAGCGUUUGGAAUCAGUUCUUUGAGAAUGAGACUACACAAAAGGAGAUUGGUCAUGAUAUUACACGAACCUAUCCUGAUGUCGAUUUCUUUGGAAGGAAGGACAUUCAAGAGACAAUGACUAGGAUAUUAUUCAUCUUCUCAAGACAAUACCCAAAGAUCAAGUACCUGCAGGGAAUGAAUGAGAUUCUUGCACCUCUGCUGUUUGCUUGCUACGCCGACUCACAUUGGGGCGACUACAGACAGGUCUACCGAUUGGGACAGCCUGUGAAUGAGUAUGGACAACCAGUGGAGAUUGAAUAUCCCGCUGAGCCAAUAGCCUAUCCUCAUGAUGAACUCGACCUAGCGUCCUACAUCCGUGAUGCACGCUUCUACGAACAUGACACGUACUUUUUGUUUGACGCACUGAUGUCACUGGUCAGCAAGUGGUUCUCAUCGCCGCCCAACUCGCCAAUGCCCACGCCCAUCUUGGCCGGUGUCAAGAAGGAGCAAUACGACCAGUCGGAGAGUGAGGCACAUGACGCCUCCAUCAACAUUGUUGUGGUGGAUCAGUGCUUUAGCAUCUUCCACCAGCUGGGCAUCAUCGAUCCGCAACUGCAUGCCUAUCUCAAGGACAUGGGAAUCGAGCCACAUCUCUACGCACUGCGAUGGCUACGUAUCCUGCUGGCACAGGUAUUCCCACUCAACAGUCUACUGACUCUUUGGGAUGCCAUGUUCCGAGAGUCAAUAGAUCUUUUGGAUCACAUUUGUGUUGCAAUGCUAUUGGUUGUUAGAGACCUAUUGAUUGGAAGGGACUAUUCUGAUUGUUUACAAGUACUAUUCAACUAUCCAAUGACCAAUGAUCCGACAUCAUUGUUGUUCACAGCGUAUAGUGUGGCCGAGAGGAUCAAGACUAUCAAGGCUGAGAACCCUACGAUCAACUUUGACUAUCAGUCCGAGAAGGAGAGACCAAAGCCCAAACCAAAGGCCAGACCACAUUAUAAUAUGAACAAGAAGUCUGCCACUAUGACCUAUUCAUCCUCCUCGUCGGCGCCUGGUGCUGCGCCAUCAAUCAACAAUAGCACAUCACAAUCAUCAUCAUCGUCCAGUAGUAGUAGGGCUAAAAUGCCAGCUCAAAAGACAACAACGCAACCACAGAAUGAUACAAAGGCUGGAGGUGGAUUCCUGUACACUGUAGCAUCGACAGUAAAGAUGCUGGUCAAUGAGCUCAAUGACCUGGAUUCAGCAGGUGAGAUCGAAGCACUCAAGGAGAAGCAGAUGCAUUUGGCAAGUAGACUGGAGAGAGUGGUCUACAUCCUGGACACUGUUAGAAAUGUUGAGAAUGCCGAAACGAUUCAAUCAGUUCAGGAGGAGCUGAUAUCGAUCAAGAAGGUGUUGAAUCCAAAGAAAGAGCUGCCAGCAGCACCACCACCAUCUCAGAGCAAGGCAUCUGCCAAACCACCCGCCAAGCCAUCACCAUCAACAGCAAAGCCCAUUCAACCAACUCUAAAGCCUCAAGCACAGACGACAAAGACUACUGCUACCACCACUACCACCACUACUGAUACUCAACAGAAGCCAUCUACAACAACAACACCUACCAUUACAACGACCCCUGUAGCCACUCCAACAUCAGCUAUUGCAGUUGAAAGUACCUCUCAAUCACAGCAACAACAACAACAACAUUCAACAUCAGAAGAGUAUUCAAACCAAUAUGAUCAAUAUGACCAAUCGUAUCAACAACAAUAUGGACAACAACAACAAUACAAUCAGUAUGGACAACAGAAUCAACAACAAUACAGUCAAUAUGACCAACAACAAUAUGGACAACAACAGCAACAGUAUGGACAACAACAACAACAACAGUACGAUCAAUACGAACAAUAUGAGUUCCAUGACCAAAAGCAGCAGCAACAACAACAACAGCAGCCGAAUCGUCAGCAACAACAAUAUGGACAACAACAGUAUGGUCAACAAUAUGGUCUCCAGUAUGGCCAACAGUAUGGCAUACAAAACAAACAACAGCAGCAACAACAACAAUAUGGUGGACAGCAAUACCAGCAACAACAACAACAGCAGCAGCCACAACAGCAGUAUGGACUUAAUCAAGUUUAUGGACUUCUUCAACAGAGACUUCAGUUUCAACAACAACAGCAACCGAGUAAUCAAAAGGAGCUGAAAAGCUUUGGUGGCUCGAUGUAUCAACAACAACAACAGCAGCAGCAGCAGCAUCAACAGAACCAGCAGCCACAGGACAUGGUAGAGGUGUUCUCUGAUGACAUUCAGAAUGUGGACACCAAUGGUGCCAACUACAUGGAGGAGUACGUGCCAGAGAACGAACAUACCAAUUCAAUAUUCAAAUAUUGA